AUCAGUAUUUUAUGAAUAAAUGUUAUGAAUUGAUUGUAUUCAUGUAGACAUAUCUGUAUUGUAUAAUAGGAUUAUUUUAAAUUUUAGGGAAAUGGCCAAGGUUCCUAAUCCCAGAGUGUUUUUUGACAUAUCAAUAGCAGGAAGGAGAGCUGGAAGAAUGGUAUUUGAGCUUUUCAUGGAUAAGUUGCCUUACACAGCGGAAAACUUUAGAUGUUUAUGCACGGGGGAGACUGGACUAGGAUAUUAUCUAAGGCCAAGGUGGUAUAAGAACACACCUAUUCAUCGCAUUGUUACUGGAUUUAUGUGUCAAGGAGGAAAUUUUAAUACCGGAAACUCUUAUGGUGGAGAGUCGAUUUACGGACAAUAUAUGCGUGACGAGUCAUAUACAUACCUGCACUCAAAAAGAGGUGUUUUGGGAAUGUGUAAAACAAGAUUUAAAAACUCAAAUUCAUCUCAAUUUUAUAUCACAUUUAAACCUUGCUCCUUUCUAGAUGAUAAAAUGGUGGUAUUUGGGCACUUGGAAUAUGGAGAAGAUGUAUUGGAUAUGAUCGAGAAACAAGGAACAAUGAUUGGCAAAACGAAGAAGAAUGUUAGUAUAUACAACUGCGGAGAAAUACCACUUGAAACUAUAUAUGAUCCAAGGAUAAAAAAUGAAGUAAAAGAAGCAAAAUACAUCGCAAGAACCGAUAUAGAAAGGCCUAUAUUUAAUGAGAAAAUGUAUAACUUAGAACAAUCAUACAAGACCAUAAUACCAGACGAAGUUUACAAAAGAGCCCAUUUUAACUUUUAAUCAACUAAAAUCUUAUUUUAUAUGUUACAUUUUAAUUU